AUGAAAGUGUUAAGCAGCUGUAAUACUUCAAAGACACUAAAUGCUGUGAACAUGGAGAGUGUGAUUGAGUGCCAGCUGGAGGCUGAUGCCAAGAAAUGCCCCCCGCUGGUCCCAGCAGACACUGAAGAUGGACUCUGCCACUCAGCUGCAGAUGGAACAAAGAAAAGAAAGAAGGUGAUAUUGCAGUCAUUUACUCUGAGACGAAGCUCUACCAAUGGGAAUUCCCCAGGGCAGCUAGACUCGGGUGCCAAGAUCGCUCUGUUUGGCCAGCCUCUGGCAAUUAUCUGUGGGGAAGAUGACACAUUGCCCCAGCCGGUCCAGGAUCUCCUAGCUAUAUUGUAUAAGAAAGGACCUUCCACUGAAGGGAUAUUCAGAAAAGCUGCCAAUGAGAAAGCACGAAAAGAGUUGAAGGAGGACCUAAACAAAGGCGGGAAUGUUGAUUUGAAAAGCAAAUCUGUGCACCUGCUGGCAGUGGUCUUGAAG